CAUCACAACAGAGUGAGGUAGACCGUAGUGGGUCAGGUGAGGGCUACACAGGGCAGUACUUCCCCUGUAUUAAUUCACAUUGGUUCAGCUUAUACGUAGACAAACAGGAACGAUAACACAUUUCUGUAACCAAGACAUACAACCAGAAACAUCAAGUUGACACUGGCAGACCUUACUAUUAGAUUUUUCACAUAGCUAAGAAAAUGAAUCGGAGUGUCAAAGGAAGAACGUCCCGGCCUCCUGGGUCUCAAGGAGCAGAACUUGAAAACCAGAUUGUUCUCAGGUUGCCUCCUGCCCAAGCAACAUUACUGAAAGAAGCCAUAAGGCAAGGACAAACCAACAUUAAAGACCGCUUGGCAAUUCAACUAGACUUCACCAAUGAUAAAGAUGACAUGCGAAAUGGUGUCAUCACCUUUGACACCAUUAUGUAUAGAUCAAGGUUGAUGGAUAUCCCCACAAUCAUGGAAACCUGGAAAACAAUUGAUGGAAAAAACUUCUACAAGACUGCAGAUGUUUGUCAGAUGUUGAUGGUACGUGAAGAGGAGGAUCCCCCAGAAGAAGAAGACCCAAAGAAGAAGAGACGUGAUCCAAAUAAAGUUGACAAGAAGUACCUUUGGCCUCAUGGUUAUACUCCACCUCUGAAGAAUGUGCGCAAGAGACGUUUUCGAAAGACGCUGAGAAAGAAGAACCUUGACCUACCAGAAAUAGAGAAGGAGGUGAAACGGUUGUUAAGGACAGAUAACGAGGCCACCAGCAUUCGUUGGGAAGUAGUCCGAGAGGAAGAUGAGAAAAAGAAUAAUCCAGAUACUAACUUGUCAUCAUCCAACCUUGAUGAACAACUUUUUGGAGGAGCAUUGAGUUCAUCAGAGGAUGAGGUUGGACCUACAAUAAACAUUGUGGACGAAGAUGAUGACUCCCGUCUUUCUGUUGAUGACAGCCGGUUUUCUGAGUCAUAUUUAAAUGAAGCAGGCAACAGUCCCCCAAGUAACAAGACCUCCAACUCUACUCCACUUGUAACAGACUUCUCUGGAAUGUUCCGUAAUGAGGGAGAUCCUUCAUUCUCCUCCAAACCUCAGACUCCUUCACCAUCAAAAGCUACAACCAAUAAAGGCAAGGUUAAGCGUUCACCCGCCACCAAAAAGACAGGCACAGCAGACGGCGGGGUUGGCCGAGGGACAGAGGAAGGAGGCCAUUCCUCUGAGGGUACCAAUAAACUGUAUGCCCGUUUAUCAACUUUGGAGAAUGAUUUGACAAUGCUGACAACACAACGUGCUGCUCAAGAGGCAGAGAUUGCAAACAUUGAAAAUUUGGCUCUAAAACAACGCUUUUUGUCGAAACUUGCUGAGACUGAGACACUCAUUAGGGAGAAGGAAUAUGAGAUUGAUGAGGUGCGGAGUCAGUUGCAGGACUAAGGUGUGUUGACCAAUUCAAUAUGUACUGUAGUAUGAUUACUGGGUAACUUUUUAAUACUGUAUAUCUUAGAUAACUUAUGUUACCUUUUAUUGCAAAAUAUAAAGUAUUGGAAGUGUACUUCUGCAAUUUUUACAAAUAUAUGUCUCCUGUAGCAUCAUAUUAGAUCAAUGAAAUAUAUACAAAUGUCAUUAAAAUUUCAAAA